AUGGACUGGAUCCGUAAGCGUCGUGGUGAGCGCAAACGCAAAAGACUGGCACCCCGCCGGACAUCACUCAACAAUUCCCAGCUCGAACUUGAUAUCGAACAAACACAGAAUGGAUCGACAGUGGCAUCAGCGUGCACGAGAUUUUUCUCAAUUCGCCGUCAACGAGGUGCGAAUACUUGCUUGACACGAUACGAUCUGCUCGAACAAACUGGUGAAGAACCAGAGUAUGCAACCCCAGCAACAGAAGGAGAGACAAAUGCGAGACUAGAGCGAUCACUUCAAUCAAUGGAGAUAGACGAUGGAGAAGAGGUGUUUCGCAACUCAUUCGCCACACCGAGUCCAUCACCACGACUUCAACCCACUAAUUUGGUACCAACUGCCAGCCAGCAAAACGUAUUUACCACCUCAAGGUCAUCAGAACAGCUACGACCCUCUGAUUCAGCAUCCAGCGCCGGCCAGCGACCGACACCAACCUCAGAGGCCGACGACGUUACAAGCCAAACCUGGCUUGAGCGAGUAAGCAGCACCAUCCGCCGCAAACCCACCAUCAAAGCUUUGCAAGCGUACAAGAGCGGGGGCAUCCGCUCAGCCUGGGCGUACACUCUUCCCAGAAAUUGGAAGACGCGUAAUACCGCGGCUACGAAAGCCUGGGUUGAUAGUGCCGCGGUGGUUGAUGAGCCGCAGCCCACUAGAUCAAUGGAUGAUAUGGAUAUCGAUGAUGAAAGGAGAAGCCCGCUUCCAAGUCACUGGCGCGAUGAAGCAGAAUCGCAACAGAACUUUAUAAGAAGGACAAGUGAUGUUGCUGGAGGUGACAGUGAGGUGGGGGAUUGGAACAGUCCUAGGGAAUCUGGAGAUAGGGACGCCCAAGAAGACGACAAAGAGAUAGACAAAGAGUUUAGAGACUGGGCGAAUCAGCACAAGAUGCUGGUUGAGCGGUAUGAUCCACUUGCUGAGGCAGGUAAACGUUUGUCGGUUUUGAGUCAGACGCCGAAGAACAGGUACAGUGACUAUUUUCGGGGAUCGUGA